CUGAAUCUGUGGCAAACAAGACAAUAUACGACAUGACAUAUAAGAGGGGAUAUGCACUCCGACAGCUUGCCCCUGAUUCAGGUGCUUACUUUAACGAGGCAAAUCCAUAUGAAAUCGACUGGCAGUGGUCUUUCUUCGGACCCAACUAUGCUCGUCUUCAUGAGAUCAAGCAAAAGUAUGAUCCGGAGGGGAUUCUCUGGUGUCAUCACUGUGUUGGAAGUGAAAGAUGGGCUGAGAGACGGGAUGGAUCCCUUUGUCGUGCUUAUUGAGUUAUCCGAAUAACUCAGACAGAUGGAUGGAGUGUAUUAUAUUGAAUUCUUUGAAACCGCUGUAUACGAGAAUGUUUCUAUAUUGAUCGCCACUUGCCCGAACAGUACUAGUGCUUAUUAUAAACACAACUAUAUAAACUCGCUCUUUUCUAUUCCUCCAUCUUCCCUUCAUCUCUUCCAAAUAUUUAUAAAAAUGCCCUCCAAAAUCUACCUCGUGACAGGCGCAAACAGAGGCCUCGGUCUCGGCCUCGUCAAAGCCCUCAUCGCCCGCCCCUCCGCCACAGUCAUCGCAACAGUCCGCACCGACGACGCAGCUGCCACUCUCAAAUCCGAAAUUACCAUCCGAGACAACAACAGCAUCCUACACAUCCUCACCCUCGACUUCACCACCGCCAUCCCACCAUCCCAAAUCCAAUCCUCCCUCGCCCCAUUAAACAUCUCCCACAUCGAUGUCCUAAUUUGCAACGCAGGCCAUAUCGCACCCAUGCACACUGCGCUCGAAACAAGUGCAUCCGACCUCCGCGCCUCCUUUGAGACAAACACCAUCGCCCCUCUCCUUGUUUUCCAAGCUUGCUGGCCGCUCUUACAGAGCUCACCCACCGGACAACCCAAGGCGAUCAUGCUAUCCUCCUCUGUGGGGUCGAUUACCUCCCAAGAGCCCUUCCCCGGCGGCGCGUACGGGGCUAGUCGUGCGGCGGGGAAUUGGCUGACGAGGGCUUUGCAUCUCCAGAAUGAAGAGAGUGGACUUGUGGCUGUUGCGCUUCAUCCGGGGUGGGUUAAAACGAGGGCUGGGGAGUUUGCGGCGAGUGAAUGGGGGGUUGGAGAGAUGGGGGAGAAGUUCAUGGUGAGUGUUGAGGAGAGUGUGAGGGGGAUGCUGGCGGUGAUUGAUGGGGCGAGUAGAGAGACUGUGUCGGGGAGGUUUGUGAGUUAUACAGGGGAUGUUUUGGAGUGGUAG